CCUAUCCCGUACACGUAACAACUGGACGCAGCGGGCGUCCAGAGUCCUCCGCUGUGAGCCUAGAGUUGGCUGCCCUCUGUACGUCCCGACCAGACUCGAAACGGCCUAGAGCAACAAAGGCGGCCGCUCAUCCGAAAAAAAAAAAAAACCCCCGCCAUCGACAGACGCCAGUGCUUCGCGGGACAAUAGAACGACCACCUUUUGGUUGCUACCUGGACCGCCCUGCUAGAUUGAGAGCUUGGCUGCCAUGGCGUACCGAGGCCAUGGAAAUGGCUAUGAAGGCCAAACUGGCUAUAGCGGACAGGCUGGCUACGAGGGUCACCCGAUGCAGGAUCUGAACGCGCACAACGAGCUUGAACAUGACGACUUGGAGGCACAAUCUUCGCUUCUCCACCAAAGCCAGACAGGAUACGAUCAUGAGCGGCUUGGCACCCAGACCCCCCCUGUGCGCCCUGUCUCGGCCUAUAGCUUGACGGAGUCGUAUACCCCCGGUGCUCCCACCACGAGAAUUGGCGGUGGCAGGGACUCGACUCCUCCCCCGCUCCCCCCGCUCAGCAAUGAAUAUGCUGGCGCGCAGCAAUACCAGUACGAGGCCGGGUACACACCCGAUCCGGCAUCGUAUGGCAUGUCGACGGUCGACUCGGAUGAUAGCUGGAUUCAGCGCCAGCAGCCCAAUGCGGCACCGUCCGGCGGGCUCAAGCGCUACGCGACAAGAAAGGUCAAGCUGGUCCAGGGAUCGGUGCUCAGCAUCGACUACCCCGUGCCCAGCGCAAUCAGAAACGCCGUCCAGCCCAGGUACCGCAACCAGGAGGGCAACAACGAAGAGUUCCUCAAGAUGCGCUACACAGCUGCGACCUGCGACCCCAACGACUUCACCCUGAAGAACGGCUACGACCUGCGCCCCCGCAUGUACAACCGACACACGGAGCUCCUAAUCGCAAUUACCUACUACAACGAAGACAAGGUGCUGCUUUCCAGAACACUGCACGGCGUUAUGCAGAACAUCCGGGACAUAGUGAACCUGAAGAAGUCAGAGUUCUGGAACCGGGGAGGCCCUGCGUGGCAGAAGAUUGUCGUGUGCUUGGUGUUUGAUGGCAUCGAGAAGGCAGACAAGAACGUGCUCGAUGUGCUGGCCACCGUCGGCAUCUACCAGGACGGUGUGGUCAAGAAGGAUGUCGACGGCAAGCCCACUGUCGCCCACAUCUUCGAGUACACAACACAGCUGUCGGUCACUCCUACCCAGCAGCUUAUGCAGCCUGUGGACGAGGGUCCGCAGACGCUGCCGCCGGUGCAGUUCAUCUUUUGCCUGAAGCAGAACAACAGUAAGAAGAUCAACUCGCACCGCUGGCUGUUCAACGCCUUUGGGCGCAUCCUCAACCCCGAGGUUUGUAUUCUGCUUGAUGCGGGCACCAAGCCGAGCCCGAGGUCUCUCCUUGCCCUCUGGGAAGGCUUCUUCAACGACAAGGACCUCGGCGGUGCCUGCGGCGAGAUACACGCUAUGCUCGGAAAACUGCUGAACCCCCUGGUCGCAGUCCAGAAUUUCGAGUACAAGAUCUCCAACAUCUUGGACAAGCCUCUGGAGAGCUCGUUUGGUUACGUGAGCGUGCUGCCUGGCGCGUUUUCGGCAUACCGCUUCCGAGCCAUCAUGGGCCGGCCUUUGGAGCAGUAUUUCCACGGUGAUCACACGCUGUCCAAGAUCCUGGGCAAGAAGGGCAUCGAGGGUAUGAAUAUCUUCAAAAAGAACAUGUUCUUGGCCGAGGAUCGUAUUCUCUGCUUCGAGCUCGUCGCCAAGGCCGGCCAGAAGUGGCAUUUGAGCUACAUCAAGGCCGCCAAGGGCGAGACCGAUGUCCCUGAAGGCGCUCCCGAGUUCAUCAGCCAGCGUCGUCGAUGGCUCAACGGAUCCUUUGCGGCCAGCAUCUACUCGCUCAUGCACUUUGGGCGCAUGUACAAGAGCGGCCACAACCUGAUCCGCAUGUUCUUCUUCCACAUUCAGCUCCUCUACAACGUCCUGAACGUCAUCUUCACCUGGUUUUCUCUGGCUUCCUACUUCCUCACCACCUCUGUCAUCAUGCAGAUUGUCGGUACUCCCACCACGGCUUCGAACACGACGGCAGAAACGCACGCCUGGCCGUUUGGCGAUAGCGUGACGCCCAUCUUCAACGCGGUGCUCAUUUAUCUCUACCUGGCAUUCGUCAUUCUGCAGUUCAUAUUGGCUCUCGGCAAUCGGCCAAAGGGGUCCAAGUACACGUACAUCACCUCGUUCAUCGUCUUUUCACUCAUCCAGACUUACAUCCUGAUCCUUUCUGGGUACCUGGUCGUCAAGGCCUUUUCAACCCCAGUCGGCGACCAGCUCAAGUUUGACAGUGCAGGCGAUGCGCUGCACUCCUUCUUCAGCGACUCGAGUGCUGUGGGUGUCAUCCUCGUCGCGCUGAUUUCCAUUUACGGUCUCUACUUCUUAGCUUCAUUCUUGUAUCUGGACCCGUGGCACAUGUUCCACUCCUUCCCCUUUUACAUGGUGCUCAUGUCCACGUAUAUCAACAUCUUGAUGGUGUACGCCUUCAACAACUGGCAUGAUGUGUCGUGGGGUACCAAGGGAUCUGACAAGGCCGAGGCGCUGCCAUCGGCCAAUGUCAGCAAGGGCGAGAAGAAUGAAGCCGUGGUGGAGGAGAUCGAGAAGCCGCAGGAAGAUAUCGACCAGCAGUUCGAGCAGACGGUUCGCCGAGCGCUAGCCCCCUACAAAGAGGAGCAGAAGCCGGAGCCCAAGGACCUCGACGACUCGUACAAGUCCUUCCGAACCAUGCUCGUCGUCUCUUGGCUCUUCUCCAACUGCCUCUUGGCUGUUGUCAUCACCAGCCCCAACUUUGAUUCGGUUGCUAUUUCGACUACUUCAUCGACACGCACGGUCGGGUUCUUCAAGUUCCUGCUCUACGCCACAGCCGCCCUCUCUCUCGUUCGGUUUAUCGGCUUCCUCUGGUUCCUCGGAAGGACUGGAAUCAUGUGCUGCUUCGCGCGGCGCUGAGCGUCGGAGUGAAGGGUGUACUUUUGGUUCAGCGGCGUAGGUAGAUCGGCGUCGCGAGUUUCGCAAGAACAGAUUUCGGCUUGUAUAUCACGUUGGCUGUUUUCUUGCUUUU